CUCGGUUGCACCUGAAGAAAACGCUCUCAGCAUCUGAACCUUUUUAUACAGCCAUCGCCUCUGUGCACUCCAUUUCCCACUAAGCAUUCAUGUUUUGGCGUUUUGGCUUCCAUAAUCCUUCUGCCAUUGAUUCUUUACUCGAUAAAGAGGAUGUCUCGCUGGACGAACUCUUCGAAGACGAUGAUCUGCUGCAAGAAGCAAAGACUCAUAAUCAAAAGCUUAUCAACUUCCUGUGUGCGCCUGAUAUUCUGAAGCAGCUUGUACAUCUCAUCACAGCAAACGACUUACCCGAUCAUCAAACUUUAAAAUACCCAUACCUUGCCAGUGAAAUCUUGUCUUGUGAAAUUCCUGCUUUAGUCGAUGCCAUUGUCCUAGACCAUCUUGAUCUCUUGUCAAAAUCUUGGUCCAUAUUCGAUACUGAGGACACUCUUGGUACCCUGCAAACUGGUUAUUUUUGUAAAGUGAACGCUGUUCUACUUGCAAAGCGCACAUCGGAGAUGAUCACCUUUAUCAAAUCCAGGGACAAUAUCAUUGACAAGAUGAUAAGUCAUCUAGACGAUGCUAGUCCGGUUGGCGACCUUUUUUUGACGUUGGUUAGAUGUGAGGAACUUCCUGAAGGACAAGGCAUAGUACAGUGGUUGAGUGAACAAAAGUUGUUGAUUAAGCUUAUAGAUCGGUUGGAACCGCAUAGAGAUCCAGAGACUCAUGCCAAUGCUCAACAGCUCAUUUCCGAUAUCAUUCGUAUGUCACAAACAAGUAACCCAGAGUCACCCACCAUUGGCACCAACGCUCUUAUUCAAGAGUUAAAGAGCAAAGAAAUUAUGACAAGACUUGCCGAUUACAUGUUAGACAGCAAUGCACCAAAUGCCACCUCAAGUUUGAUAAACGGCGUGACUAUUAUUAUUGACUUCAUUAGACAUAAUAACAGCGAUUUUGAAAUGGAUCAAAUGCUGGUCAUGGGAGGUGGAACCAUGCUGGGAGGAAUGCAACAGGGCAUGCUAUCCUCUGUCAACUUGGGUGAAAUGCUGCAAGUCAUGGCAGACCGAACUGAAAAUUUCCAAAAGCUGUUGGUUGAACCUAGAUCUGUUAGCGAUCCUGUGCCUACAACAACCGGACCCCAAGUCCCUCUAGGCUUUGAACGCUUAAAAAUUUGUGAAUUGUAUGCUGAACUUCUACACUGUUCCAAUAUGUCAAAUCUUAAUCUUCCCGUCAAAGAAAACAUCACCAUAUCUGAAAUAGCACAACAACGCUCCACCAUGUCCACUCCUCUGGGAGAUACCCACACAUUAGAAUUCUUGGAACAGCAUCACGUUAACCGCCAACUCGGUAUUUCGAACGAAGACUCAGCCAUGGCGUCAAAUGCUGCAACAACUUCUGAUACCGACAACGACUCUUCUGAUGCCACUGGAAUACAGUCCAAAGAGACUGAAUUCACUGGAGAAAAGGUUGUUGCGUCUGCUCCUUCUGAUGAGCCAGCUGAAACCGAAGAGGAGAAUGAUGAUGAAUUGCGCCUCGCUGAAGACCUUUCAGCGCAAGACGAUCACAAUGUUUCCUCGGGAGAUCCUCAUAAAGAGACGGCAAUGGAGGACCCAAGCGAUGCAAGCAACUUAGAUGCAGAGCACAGAUUGCAAAUGCCAAUCAUGGUAGACUUUGAAGGCGAACAAGUAGCAGUUGGUGAUUACCUCAAAAUGCAAUACGUUAAGCACCGCGUAUUACCUGCCUGUUUGGAUCUAUUCUUCUCCUUCCAAUGGAACAAUUUCUUACAUUACGUUGUUUACGAUACCCUUCAUCAAAUCUGUAAUGGCCGUAUGGACUUUGGCUAUAACCGAGAACUCGUCAUUUCGGUCUUCAAAGAUGGUCGGCUCACCCAGCGAAUUGUUGAAGCUCAAAAAUUAAACGAUGAAUUAUGUGCAAAAGCAAAGGGCCGCCGUCUUGGAUACAUGGGACAUCUCACAUUCAUUUCCGACGAAGUCAUCAAGGUGCUUGCAUCCUACCCAGAUGAGAUUUAUGCUGUCGUCAAAGACAGUCUGGAUUUGGAUGCAUGGGACAUACCGACUUUGAUAAGGAACAAGAGUAUAUAAGCAGUGGCGGUUUCCAACAUACUGGUAG